AUGUGCUUUUGGCGUGGCUUCAGUGCUGAAAAGCAAAAUCAGUUUGAAUGGACUGACGAGUGCCAACAAGCUCUCAAGGACCUAAAGUCAUAUUUAUCAAAUCCUCCUCUGUUAGCCAAACCAAAAGACGGUGAAAAACUGCUCAUUUACCUCGUUGUGUCAGAAGUAGCAGAAUUAUCAAGUAGAUUAGCUAAAUGGGCAAUGGUAAUCAGUGAGUAUGAUAACAUAUAUCAACCUAGAACUGCAAUAAAAUCGCGGGUGUUAGCAGAUUUUGUAGCGGAUUUUAGCACAAAUUUAGUUCCUGAAGCAGAGAAGGAACCACAAGUUUUUACCGGAGCUAAUCUGGGGAUUUGGACCCUAUUUACUGAUGGUUCCCCAAAUGUUAAAGGAGCAGGUUUAGGAAUUGUUUUAAUUCCAUUCUCAGGUGAAGUCAUAAGACAUGCAACAAAAUGUUAUCCAAUCACUAACAAUGAGGCAGAGUAUGAAACUGUGAUUGCAGGCUUGGAACUGGCACGAGAACUUGGUAUCGAACAAAUUGUGAUCAAAAGUGACUCGCAGUUUGUGGUUAAUCAAAUGCAGGGGACUUACGUGGCAAGAGAGACGCGAAUGCAGAAAUACCUUGAAAAGUAUGGUAUCUUGCUUGAAGAUAAGAAGAAAUCACAAUUGCUACGUCUGAAAGCUGCCUGGUACUGCUUAAUUCGUGAAAAUUUAUAUCGUAAAAUGUUUGGUGGACCUUUAGCACAGUGCCUCGGACCAUCACAAAUGGAGUAUGCAAUGAAAGAAGUACAUAAGGAGCAUUGCGGCAAUCACGCCGGUGGAAGAUCAUUGGUGAAAACAUUAAUAAGGGCAGAAUAUUAUUGGCCAAAAAUGGAAGAAGAAGUAGAAAACUUUGUAUCCGGGUACGAUAAAUGUCAAUGGUAUGCUAAUAACAUGCACCUACCGGCGGAGCUGUUGCAUUCAGUUAUUUCACCAUGGCCCUUCAUGAAAUGGGGCAUGAACAUCAUAGGGUCGUUGGCUCGAGCUAAAGGAAAGGUACGAUUUCUGUUGGUUUUAACAGAUUAUUUCCCAAAAUGGGUAGAAGCAUGUGUUUUUAAACAGGUGCGAGAAAAAGAAGUUGUGAAUUUCAUUUGGCAAAAACUUAUAUGCCGAUUUGGAGUCCCAAAUGAGAUUGUAUGUGAUAAUGGCCCACAAUUCAUAGGCGAGAAAGUCAUAAAAUUAUUCCAAAGUUGGCAGAUUAAACGAAUUACUUACGCACCUUAUCACCCUACGGCCAAUGGACAAGCUGAAUCGACAAAUAAGGUUAUCAUCAAUAACUUAAAGAAGAGAUUGGAAGAAUCAAAAGGCAAAUGGCCAUAG